GGUGGGGGGAAAAUGGCGGCGGAACUGCUGCUGCUCAGCGAAAUCGCCGAUCCGGCUCGUUUCUUCGCCGACAAUCUGCUCAGCGCUGAGGACUGGGGUCCGCAGGGAAGGGGCUCGGGAGGUGGAGGAGGCUACGGCGUGCCGUUCCCAUGAGUGGUUUUGAGGAGGGGAACAAGGGGCUAGUAUGAGGAAUUCCACUAAGGAAUCUACCAUCUACGGGAACCUGGGUGGGGCGUGGUUUUUGGCCUGAACUAUCUAGAGGCGGAGAAGGGGGAGGUAUUUUCCCCCUGUGGGUUUUCCUCCUUUGGGGGCUGCCCGUCGUGGGAACCGUUGAACUGUUCCACUGUACUUCUUUUCACAUGAACGGACCACACUCUCUAUAAUUGCCUUGAUGAAGUGACUGAGGAGCAAGCUCAGCUCUUCAGAUGUCUGGAGCAAGAUGUCCCGUUUGAUAGCGGCUCCUUGGACAUGGGCAUGGACAUCACUUCCCCGGAGCCCCCUUGGGACCCACUACCCAUCUUCCCAGACCUACAGGUGAAGUCAGAACCUUCUUCCCCUUGCUCCUCCUCUUCUCUCAGCUCCGAGUCAUCACUUCUCUCCACGGAGCCCCUCAGUCAGGCCUCUGUGGGGGAAGAGGUACUUGGUGUGAAGAUAGAAUCUCCCAGCCCUCCACACUGCCUCUUAGGGGAUGUUCUGAAACCUUCAUUUGGAUCUGUCCAGAUUAGUAUGGCCCUCACAGCAGAUGACCCCUCAGAUAAACAGACCAAAACAGAGCCCAUCUCACCUUCUUCCCCACUCCGUUCAGAGGCCUCAUUGCUCUCCACAGAAUCCCCCAGUAAGCCCCUUGUAGAAGAGGAGGUGCUAGGAGUAAAGGCAGAAUCACCAGCCCCUCAACUUUGCCUUCUAGGGGAUGUCUUGACUUCCCCAUUUGGAUCAGUCCAGAUUAAUGUGGGUCCCACCCCUGAUGGUUCCUCAGGAAAGGCCCCACCCCAACGGAAGCCACCACUGCAACCGAAGCCUGUUAUGGUGACGAAUGUCCCAGUGCCCCCCCGAAAUUCACCUCCCAGCACCGCUGUCCUGUUACAGCCCCUAGGCCAACCCUCACCAGUCCCAUCUGGGCCUUCCGUAGUCCUUUUCCAGGGCCCUGUUCAAGUACAACCACCUUUAGGGGAGGGGCCAGCUACCCCCGCCCCACGAUUGGAGAGGAAAAGCAUUGUUCCAGCUCCCAUGCCUGGGACACCAUGCCCUCCAGAGGUGGAUGCAAAGCUGCUGAAGCGCCAGCAGCGAAUGAUCAAGAACCGGGAGUCAGCCUGUCAGUCCCGGCGGAAGAAGAAGGAAUAUCUUCAAGGGCUGGAGGCCCGGCUCCAAGUGGUCCUCGCAGACAACCAGCAGCUCCGCCGUGAGAACGCAGCUCUGCGGCGACGGCUAGAGGGGCUGCUGGCAGAGAACAGAGAACUAAAGCUGGGGUCUGGAAACAGGAAGGUCGUCUGUGUCAUGGUCUUCCUCCUCUUCAUUGCCUUCAACUUUGGGCCUGUCAGCAUCAAUGAAUCACCUCCAGUUCCAGCCUCACCUCACAUGAGAAGGGAAGAGCCUUGGCCCCAGAGGCACCUCCUGGAGUUCUCAGAGCAAGGGGUCGUUCCUGAGGAGGAUACCCAGGAGACACCACUGGGCCACAAGCAGUCUCAGACCAGGCCCCCUGGCCAGCCACAUUUCAAAAACCUAACGACCUUUCCCAAGGGAGCCAAGGAACUGUUGCUAAGAGAUUUAGACCAGUUCUUCCUCUCCUCUGAUUGUCGUCAUUUCAACCGGACUGAGUCUCUCCGGCUUGCGGAUGAGCUUAGUGGCUGGGUCCAGCGACACCAGAGUGGAAGAAAGAGGAGUCCUCAGCCCCGGAAGGUCAGGGAAAAGCAGAAGUCUCAUCAAUGGAAGAAACCCCCUCCAACUUGGUCGGUCCCUCCUCGGCCCUCUGGGCCCCCUGAGAGGGACUCCGUGAGCCAGCUGCAGCUGUAUCACCACCCCAGGCGCCCACAGCCAGAGUUCCUAGAUGCCAUUGACCGGCGGGAAGACACAUUCUACGUCGUCUCCUUCCGAAGGGAUCACCUAUUGCUCCCAGCAAUCAGCCACAACAAGACUUCUCGCCCAAAGAUGUCUUUGGUGAUGCCAGCCAUGGCCCCCAAUGAGACCUUGUCAGGCCGGGGCAGUACCGGGGACUAUGAGGUGAUGAUGCAGAUCGAAUGUGAGGUCAUGGACACCAGGGUCAUCCACAUCAAGAGCUCGACAGUGCCCCCUUCCCUCCGAAAGCAGCCCCCCCCUCCUCCUGGCAAUGCUUCAGGCCACCCCUUGCCUCCUCCAGCACCCAGCUCUUCUAGGCAAGCUCCUCACCAGCCCUUCUACCUCGGCCACCCCUGACAGCUCCAGCUUGCACUGAUUUAGAGUUGACAGUGGGGUGGGCUGUGCCCUCGGUUUCUCUAAUCCAGGGUUUGGCAUGAAUAAGGCACUUAUUUGGGGGGUGGGACUGUCCCCUCUACCUAGUUUCAGCUCUUUUCUGGUCCUCAUUCCUGCUUCCUUGGAGGGAGGGAUGUUGGGUAAGCUCCAUUUUUUGUGGGCUCCUACACAUACCCCAUAUUUUGCUCUUUCUCCGGUGUGUGUGUGUGUUGGGGGGGAAGCUAGUCCCCAGGUGGGACCAAAGUUUUUACAUUUUGUGGGGAAGUUAUUGGGAAAAGGGGAGAGGGAGUGAUUGGGAGGUGAUUGAAGUUUGUGUGUGGUCUUUUUUUUUUUUAAUUAUUAAAUAAAUGGCUGAGAGGGA